AUGAGGAUCUUAAUUUUUGUCCUCACACUGUGUGUUUUCUCGUGUUCAGGGUUUUCAGCAUACGAUUAUGAACUCCCUGUCACAGAAGAGGCUCUCAAUGCUUCCAUUGCACGGAUCAACUCCCGGUCAUGGGGGAGAAACCUGUAUGGUGUUGUUAGGAGCCACAUCACAAGGGCUGACAUGUGGAACAGUGAUGCUUACAGACUAGAGCUGCAGUUCAGCAUCCGUGAGACUGUGUGCACGAAAGUUUCAGGAAGAGAUCCCUUCACCUGUGCCUUCAAAACUGGGCCUUUCGUGUCAACUGCUUCCUGCAGGAGUGUUGUAGAAAUCUCUGGUGAGCUGAUUUCCAGCAUCAUUGUGCAGUGCCAUCAUGGCACGUUGAGCUCUGAAUCGAUGAGCAGCGAGGAG